GUGAAAUAGACACACGACAAACAUCGUGUUUUCUUCUCGAAUAUUUUGAGAAAGAAUUCAAUCUGAAUCAAACACGACAAGAAUAUAGUUAAAAUGGAAUAAAGGAAUUGUGAUAAAAUUGGAUAGCCAUGCGUACGUUCUACAUGGACAGUAUUACGUAAUGUAAUGCCCAAGCCUGAACAAAUGGUGCACACAAACAUAUUCGCUAUGGGUGAAUCAUUCUGGAUUUUAUUCUGGAUAGGAUUAGCGGUUACGAUUAUUGAGUGUAGUGAACUGAUAGGGUCAGGUUGCUACAAUAAUGCUGGCUUCUGGAUAGAUAAGUGCCCCAAGAACAAGGUGAUUCACGUGAAAAGAGCCUUUUACGGAAAGCGUUGGCCUUAUGACAACAAUGAUACCACACGGUGUACAUUCAGAGAGGGCGAUUGUGUUGUUGACACCGAUUACCCAUUUGAGAGAUGCAAUGAUAAACAUGCAUGUUACAUAGGUAUAAGUACAUUAUGGGUUGAGCGAAGCUGCGAGGCAUACCCAACAUAUACAGACUACAUCCAGGUGCACUAUGACUGUGUCAUGCAGGGAGCCUUUAACACGACCAGCACUGCAUCAACAACAACUACCAUCCCUUUGAAUCAAACUGCAAUGGAUCUGAAUUCCUCAGAAGAGAUGAUACCGGCCAAUGCAACAUCAACACGUGGGCUUAAAUAUCAAUCACAGAGAUAUAACACCCCACCACUGAAUUUAAUAAAUCGAUUGAAAUCGUUUAAACGCCGAAAACCAACAAUUGACAAGACAACCAAAGGACGUCUGAGUAAGAUGGAGACCACACCGACCAAGGCAGAGCUAGUAUCAACAUCAACAGAAAGGAAAGAAACACCAACAAAUGGGACCAAACCAACAUCAGUUGAAUCAGAAACAUCAACAGAAAACAACAUACCAUCAGAUGAAUCAGUAACACCAACAAAAAGCCACAUACGUACUGGAUAUAGAAGUAUUCCAACAUCAGUUGUCGGUAUCCAAAGCAGUAAAGAUCUGACAAAAACUGAUCCUUACAAGAAUCUUUAUAGCAAUCCGCUCAAACCACCAUACCUAGAUGAGUUCGAAUACUACGAUAUGGAGCCUUACCCCGUGGAUGACUUUGCCUCCUUUUUGAACCCUUCUACUAAAAACACUGAAACACCUAAGACCGAACCGACACGACAUAUCUGGUAUAUUUGGAGUGAAAAGGAUAACAAACGACCAAAGAAAACACCAACAUUAAUAGGUGGGGGGCAGAGAAGUAGAAUAUUGAAAGUUAAGCCAACGUAUCCAUUAGAAGAAGAAAAAGAAGCCCCCUUGGUGUCCAAUCGUAACCAACAAGAAGAGAGCACGGGCAUAAAAGUUGGCAAAUGGAUUACAGGGACCGACUGGGGUAUUGGCUUGAUGUGCCUCUUAGCAUUAGUAUUGAUGAUCACCAUGGCAAUUCUUGUUGUUGUCACGAGGAAGAUCCGUGAGAGAAGGAAGAGCCAAUCCAGCAAGACAACUAAUAAAACAGGCGUGAAACCAAGUGACAACGAACAUCAAAUGAAGAACAUAGCUGAAACAAAGGCAUUAGAUGAUAUUUCUAGCGAUGAAGAAGGGACAAUAAAUGGCAAGCAUACGAUCAGUAGAAAAAUCGCGGCAUCGGCCAAACGUCUCUUUGAUAAGAAACAAAAAGGACAAACUGAUUCCUGUGCUAGCUCAAUAAGUAUUGAUAUCCCAGACCCAAUGGGUAAUGAUGGACUAACGGUUAACCCAGCAUUCAAAGACUCUAGUACUGAUUCUGACAUGCAUUCUAACUCCCUGUAUGGUGACUGCAACAUCUAUGACAACAAUCACUAUGCUGUCACUGGGCUCUGUGAACCUCCUUUGAAAAAACUGAACGAAACCAUGGAAGACAAGAUACGUAGACUGAGUAUGAGAGGUAGCAAAAGGAGUCGGAAAUAUGUUACAGAAGAGGAUAUCUAUGAAGAGCCAGUCAAGAAGAGCCAACUACCCGAUACACCAGCACCAGCACUCAGUUUGGAUGAAGCGAAGCCGAAAAGUGAAUAUUCAAGGCUAGGAUUUAUGCACCAACACUUGCCACAGUGGGGUAGUAGGAGACAGCACAAGAUGUACCUGCCAGAGAAUGACCCAGCUAGAGCAUUUCACCUAAGUGCCUCACACAAUCCAAGAAUGAACAAGAAAAUGGAAGUAACAAUGGAAGAUUGGUAUUUAAAGACAGCAGGCCAUUUGGCGACUAUAGACGACAUAGCAAACAUGAUUCCUGAUGAUAACGAACAAAACAGUGAAAUGAUUGAAGAGGCGGAGCUGACUUCAUUGAAACGAACAAGAACACUUCCAUACAAGAAAGGAUCGCUGGGGCGUAUGUUUGGUAGAUUGAGGCGCAGCAUGAAAGCAACAAUGGUACAAUCAGACAAAGGCGUAUCCCUAUCUUAUAACCACGAAUAUCCAACUAUUUAUGCGUUUGUAAAUGGACCAGAUGUCUCUCAUGGUAAGCUGAAGAAGAAAAGCCAAACACUACCACUGAGAAGAAGAGGCACAUUUCCAAAGAAAGCACUUACUAUAAAGAGAGAUGCCUGGAAAAGGUUUGGUGGAAGUUUUAAAAUCGCAGGUAGUGGAAAGAAAAGGUCAUCCAUAUUGAAUAGUAAAGACGAACGGGCGCCAAGUGCAUGUUCGUCAAAGCAGUCCUCUAUUGUUGAUCUGACAAACACCAGAAGAGACGAUGACGAGGAUUAUGUUAUCAAAGAUCUAGCUAAGUCUAUGUUAGAUAGACGUUUCACUCUUCCGGAACCGAAUGAAGAGCCACUUCCGUUACACCUGAGGAAUACAAAAAGCGACCCUAAAUCAACUGGUACAAUGGAGAAUUUCAAGUUUUCCCCCCUGCUACCAAAAUUUAACCACUUCAACAGUUACCAGAAGCCAGUUGCACCACCUCCUCCUUUGAAGUCAUCUAUUCUGCAUGCCAUAAAGAAAGAAAACAAAUUGGAAAGCUGUAAGAAAAAGACGGGAAAUAUUCCACAGGCACCACCAAUAUUAAACAGUGGGUUAAAUGAGUCUCCAUCCCCUGGCCCUCCUAAACACAAACCGCCUCCUCCUGAUAUCAUCGCCAUGGGGACACAUAAUGUGAAACCAAGUGAUUUGGUGAACGCUACCGUAAAGUACGAAGUGAACAAGUUUCCAAGAACAAGGAGAGAGAGUCAACAAGUGAAAGAAUUACAGCAAAAUAUAAAGGAUGUUCUGAACAGACGCAUUUCUGAACAAAUUAAAAAGGACACAAAAAAGGCUGUACCACAUCCUUUUAAAAAAGACCGUGUUUUCAUUGAAAACGAAGUAUAUCAUACACCAUGUGAUGUAGAAGGAAAAACUUCUUUGUAGAGACUAAGUUGGAAGAUGUUUUCAUAAAAGCGUACUAUAUAGGAAACAUAAUCGGGUUGCAUUGUUCGCUCUAAAUGUAGAGUUUAUUUUAAUCAACGCUCGUGUGAUCGAUUAGCGAGUACCAGUUCAUAUACUUAGGACAUAUUGUUUUUGUUUUUCGCACCACUUGCCACACUUUUAAAAACAAAAAACUAAGAACCAGAUUCAACUUUAAAGAAAUGCGAUUACUACAACAUACGUUGUAUAUCUUCGAAUCUUUCUCCAUCUAAAAAUAAGUUUCAUGGGAGGAGACGCAUUUAUAGACUUAAAUCUGAGGAACGUUUGAAAAGUUUUGAUCCAAAAAUUUAUAUUAUGCAUGAAUCUUGGAUGGGCCUUCCGAAGAAUAUUUUUGAACUUUUAAUUUUGAGCUUUAAAUUCCAUAUUUUUCAGCUUGCAAUUAUUCCUGAUACAUGUACAUAAAAUAAUAUGUAUACACAAUUUUUAUCACUGCCGAUAUUUUUGUAAAUAAUAUUGCAUGCAAGUUAACAUAU